AUGUCGACUCAUGUGCAGGUCAUCGACGGCCGCAAGACUUUCAUCCCUCUGGAAAACAACCCCGAGGUGUUGUCCCAUCUCUGCCACAAUCUGGGGGUUGCACCCACCAUUGACUUCCACGAUGUUGUCUCGACAGCCCCCGACAUGCUCACCGAGAUUCCUCGUCCGGUUCAUGCCAUCAUCCUUCUCUGUGAUCAGUCCAUCUACUACGCAGCCCGUUCUGCCGUGGAACCCGGGAUCGAAGAGUACCGAGGAUUUGGUCCUGAGCCACCGGUCCUCUGGGUCAAGCAGACGAUCCGUCAUUCCUGUGGUCUAAUGGCGCUUUUGCACUGUGUUCUCAACCUGGAAGAUGGGCGAUAUAUCACCCCUGGGUCAGAGCUCGACGCAUUCCAAAAGUGUGUGGCGGGGCUAAUGCCCACGCAGAGAGCACAGCUGCUGUACGAGUCCACAUUCCUAGAAGAGGCCCACAUGGAUGCGGCAUUGCGCGGGUGCUCAGUCGUUCCAUCCGCACAAGACGAGUGUCGAUUUCAUUUCGUGGCUUUUGUCAAGAAGGAUGGAACGGUGUGGGAACUGAACGGGGGAAUGAACGGGCCAUUUCAUCGGGGCACCUUGGGGGAUGAAGAGGAUUUAUUGUGUGAGAAAGGAUUGAAGUUGACGGUCAAGGACUUUUUGGAUGCUGCAGACCGGGAGGUCCACCAAGGGAUGAGCAUUGUGGCGCUGACAGAAAGGCAUGAACCAACCCAAUGA